CAUCUCCAAUACGCAGACCGCGGAAGAACUUCAAUAACAGUCUGUUUUUGGGCUUUUGGUGGUGUUGUAUUUGCUUUGAUUUGUGCGGACUACGCGAAUAUCCAGUUGGAGCGACGACGAGCGGCCCACGAACGAUUCUAGUCACGCGUGUUGAGCGGAGCCCAGCGGUAAACAAAAAGCACGCCCCACUUCGCACACCCCCCGCAAUCAAAACAACAAAAGCACACACGCAAGGCCACGGCGGAGCGACAGCAACAACAAGAACAAGAACAACGACAACAAUGGAGGAGCUGAACAGCAUUUUGCAAAAGACCAAAGAUAAAUCAACGCAGAAGGAACAGGAUGAGAUUCUGCUGCAGCCCUUCACAUACAUACAACAGAUUCCUGGCAAACAAUUCCGCUCCGAGUUGGCCUUGGCCUUCAAUCACUGGUUGCUCAUACCGGGCGAAAAGUUGGCGCAGAUCGGGGACAUUGUGCAGAUGCUGCACAAUUCCAGUUUGCUCAUUGAUGAUAUUGAAGACAAUUCGAUCCUUCGCAGAGGUGUGCCCGUGGCGCAUUCCAUAUACGGCGUGGCCAGCACCAUAAAUGCGGCCAACUAUGCACUGUUCCUGGCGCUGGAGAAGGUGCAGCAGCUGGAACACCCAGAGGCCACCAAGGUGUACACGGAACAGCUGCUGGAGCUGCACCGUGGACAGGGCAUGGAGAUCUACUGGCGCGACAGCUUCACAUGUCCCUCGGAGUCCGAUUACAAGCUGAUGACUGUGCGCAAGACAGGCGGCCUCUUUAUGCUGGCCAUCCGCCUGAUGCAGUUGUUCAGCUCCAACAAAGAGGACUACUCCAAGCUGACGGCUAUUUUGGGCCUGUACUUCCAGAUACGAGACGAUUACUGCAAUCUGAGUCUGAAGGAGUACACGGAGAACAAGAGCUUUGCCGAGGAUUUGACAGAGGGCAAGUUCGGCUUCCCAGUAAUCCAUGCGGUUCGCACCCAGAAGCAGGAUAAACAGGUUUUACACAUAUUACGCCAGCGCACGCACGACAUUGAGGUCAAGAAGUACUGCAUCACCUUGCUGGAAAAGCUGGGCAGCUUUCAGUACACACGCAAGGUUCUGGAGACACUCGACGCGGAGGCGCGGGCGGAGGUGACUCGUCUGGGCUGCAAUCCCUACAUGGACCGGCUCCUCAACAAGCUGCUGUCGUGGAAGACGAGCGAUAGCGCCAGCAUCACGCAGUCGAACCAGAUCAAUCACAACAACGUCCCGCGCGGCAGCCCCAACCAGAACACGCUCAAUUGCAAUUAGCAGCCAAAGAGGCAAAAGAGGGAGCAGUCGUGAAUUGCGAACGGCAGAGCCUCUUUUGCCGCCAAUCCGAGACAGCAGCACGCCAGCAGAGAGCCCACGCCCGCCUGCCUCAGUGCGCCCCUGUUGCGUUUCCUGCAGAAGCUGAAGAUAUUCUGAGAUUUAGAGAUUUAUGUUCCCCUUGGCCAACCGGAAAACCCACAGAGAACCCAUUAUUUUAAACCAAAACUUGAGCGAUGAGAAAAAGAAUGGAUGGAAAUGGAUUGUAAUGGAAUGAAGAAAAAGAGGAAAGCACAGGGAUGGAAAACAAAACCAACAGCAGCCUUACAGAAAAUUGUUAAGCCAAAAGUAAAUUGAUAUAAGCCAAGCUUAUCAGUGAGCUAGCGAAGAGCCAUAGCACA